GAGCUCCAGGCUGCAGCACAAGUCCCCCUGGUGCGACUGAGAAGUAGAAGCAGAGCAGCCGGGGCUCCUCAUAACACUCAGCGCCGGGGACACAGUUGCACUUUAUUAUCCGCUGCUGCAAGUGGGACGCACAACUUCUGGCUGCAAAUCGCACGCGUCUCUUGCAGCUUUUCCCUCUCACGGUUUCUGCGCAAAAGUCGCCCUUUUCCUGCAACAACUUUUUGGUGUAAAACGAUGAGGGUCGGAUUCCUGCUGCCCUGGAUGACUGCGCUGCUCUGCGCCGGGAACGCUCUGGGCUCCGCUAUGGAGGAAGAGCUGGCGGCUCCUGUCAGGCUGGAAGCUGCGACCACCCCGGGGGAAUCUGCCAAUGAAAAGCUUCGGUACCACCUGAAUGUAUUUGGGGAGAGUCUGACUCUGGAGCUGGAGCCGGAUCCCAGUUUUCUUGCGCCGGACUUCAGCCUCCAGUACGUGGGUUUGCCCGCGGAGCGCACAGGAGGAGCCGCGGCCGAACCGCUGUCUGAGCUGCGCAAAUGCUUCUACUCGGGCACAGUCAACGGGGACUCCGCGUCCAGCGCUGCGCUCAGCCUGUGCUCUGGCCUCCGCGGAGCCUUUUUCUACCGCGGGGAGGAGUAUUUGAUCCAACCCAGCAACCACACGCUGACAGUGGCCGACCCCAACUCCCCCGACCCGCUGGUUCUCCAUCUGGUCCGUAGGAGCAGCCGUGCCAAGGCAAAGUGUGGGGUCACCGACCCUGUGGGACAACCUGUGAAAUCAGAGGAUUCCCCUUCCCAGAGGCCCAUGCCACCCACAGGAUCAGGAGGCACGAGGAAGAAGCGGUUUGUGUCCAGCCCCCGUUAUGUCGAGACCCUGCUUGUGGCUGACCAGUCUAUGGCGGAAUUUCACGGGAGCAGCCUGAAACAUUAUCUCCUCACCCUCAUGUCCGUCGCCACCAAGCUCUACAAGCAUCCCAGCAUCCGCAAUUCCAUCAGCCUCGUGGUGGUGAAGAUUCUUGUCAUCUACGAUGAAGAGAAGGGACCAGAUGUGUCAUCCAAUGCCGCCUUGACUCUCAGGAACUUCUGCAGCUGGCAGAAACAACACAACCCUCCCAGCGACCGGCACGCGGAGCAUUACGACACUGCAAUCCUGUUCACCAGACAGGACUUGUGCGGUGCUCAGACUUGUGAUACCCUUGGGAUGGCUGAUGUUGGAACAAUCUGUGACCCAACUCGGAGCUGCUCUAUCAUUGAGGAUGACGGCUUGCAGGCGGCAUUUACGACAGCCCAUGAAUUAGGGCAUGUCUUUAAUAUGCCGCACGAUGAGUCAAAGCAGUGUUCCGGUCUCAACGGCGCCAACCAAGACUCGCACAUGAUGGCCUCCAUGCUCUCCAACUUGGAUAGAUUUGAACCGUGGUCUACCUGCAGUGCUUACAUGAUAACCUCUUUCUUGGACAACGGCCACGGAGAGUGUUUGCUGGACAAGCCCCACAGACCCAUCACGCUCCCCUCAGAUCUCCCUGGAACGUUAUACGAUGCCAAUAAACAGUGCCAGUUUACAUUUGGAGACGAGUCCAGACAUUGUCCAGAUACAGCCAGCACGUGUACGACCCUGUGGUGCACCGGAGUCUCGGGAGGCCUGCUCGUGUGCCAAACCAAACAUUUUCCUUGGGCAGAUGGAACCAGUUGCGGAGAAGGAAAGUGGUGCAUUAAUGGAAAGUGCAUGGAUCAGACCGACAAAAAGCAUUAUGAGACUCCAGUUCAUGGAGGCUGGGGCACUUGGGGCCAGUGGGGAGCAUGCUCAAGAACAUGUGAUGGAGGUGUUCAGUACUCUGUACGAGAGUGUGAUAACCCAGUGCCGAAGAACGGUGGGAAAUACUGUGAAGGCAAGAGGGUGCAGUAUCGGUCAUGCAACAUCCAGGACUGUCCUGAAAAUAAUGGAAAGACCUACAGAGAAGAACAGUGUGAAUCACACAAUGACUUGUCUAAGUCACCCUUUGGCAGCGGACCUGCAGUUGAAUGGACCCCCAAGUAUGCAGGAGUGUCACCCAAAGAUCGUUGCAAACUCAUGUGCCGCGCCAAAGGCACUGGAUAUUUCUUCGUCCUCAAUCCAAAGGUGGUGGAUGGAACCCCGUGCAGCCCAGAUUCCACCUCAAUGUGUAUCCAAGGGCAGUGCGUAAAGGCAGGCUGCGAUCGGGUCAUUGGUUCCAGCAAGAAGUUUGACAAAUGCGGCGUCUGUGGUGGAAACGGGUCAACUUGCAAGAAAGUUUCAGGCAACUUUAUUAUAUCACGACCUGGUUACCAAGAUGUUGUCACAAUUCCUGCGGGUGCCACUAACAUUGAAGUGAAACAGCGGAAUAACCGGGGAUCAAGGCAUGAUGGUAGUUUCCUGGCUAUCAAAGCAGCUGACGGCACAUAUAUUCUCAAUGGCGAUUAUACUUUGUCAACUCUGGAACAGGACAUUACUCACAACGGCAACAUCCUUAGAUACAGUGGCUCUUCUGCUUCAUUAGAAAGAAUUCGUAGCUUUAGCCCACUCAAGGAGCCCAUAACCAUUCAAGUCCUCACUGUGGGCGAUUCGCAUCGGCUGAAAAUCAAAUAUGUUUACUUUGUCAAGAAAUUGGGACAACCGGAAAAACCUAAUAAAAAGAAAGAGUCCUUUAAUGCCAUCAGGGAGACCAUACUUUCCGAAUGGGUCAUCGAAGAAUGGGGAGAGUGUUCCAAAACGUGCGGAUUAGGUUGGCAGAGAAGAACGGUAGAAUGCAAAGAUAUCAACGGACAACCAUCAACGGACUGUGCUAAUGAACUCAAACCAGAUGACAUCCGGCCAUGUGCCGACACGCCUUGUCCUCAGUGGCGAUUGGGAGACUGGUCUUCCUGUUCUAAAACAUGUGGGAAAGGUUUCAAAAAGAGACUUUUAAAGUGCAUUUCUUACGACGGCGUUAAUAUGCCUCAGGAGAACUGCGACCCUUUAAAGAAACCUAAACAUUUGAUAGACUUUUGUACUCUUGCCAACUGCAGUUAGACAGCGUUUCCCCUCCAACCAAGAAAACUGAUUGGUUCUUUUAGAAAAAAGCCAAGCGCUGUAGGCAUGGUGCGUGCCGUAUGUUUCAUGUGUUGGCUGAGGAGUUGUGGGAAGUAAGCAACACUAAUGUCUGCUGGUGGCUAAAGCACAGAUUUGGUUCUAGAGCAAAGGCAAAUUAACAUCACUGCCUCCAUCAUGGACCAUUAGAAGCUCCUUAUAUGGAAGACUGUUACUUGUUAAGGAAGCUACAGACACACAAAGGUCAGCCUAGGUAGUAACACCUCUGACAUUUCCUACCAAUGUAACAUGCAGUAUUGUUGAACUUUUUAUUAUGAGGAACAGACAUAUGAUGUUAUGUUCAACUUGUUUUUGGCCAGAGUCAACCUACCUCAGUUAGGAAGGUCAAAAACAGAAGUGAAAAAAAUGGAGCUUCAGCAUAGAUAUUUAUGGCUGCUAUUGUAUCACAAUAUAUUUUUUAUUUUAUACAAUUUAGGCAAGUCAGGUGGGCCAGGUGUAAGAUGACGCGUCUUGGAGAGGGUUGGAAAUGGUCUUCAUGUCAACCCAUGUCAUUAUGACCUUCCUAACUGUGCUUAGAUGGAUUUUUAUAUAUUAAUUAUCAUCCGUUGGCUUCUCUUGAAGCUUUACCCUAAAACAUAUAUGGCAACUGGUAUCUCUUAGAGGUCAUGUAAGACCAGUGUCAAUAAGUGGAUGAUGUUGUCUAGGCAACUCAUCAUUGGCUGAACUUGAGUUCUGUAGAAAUAACUUGUAAGAAGAAAUUCCAGAUUUUUUGCAUGAAGUCCUUCAAAGUGCAGAGUAUUAAAUGUGGUUGGGUUACUUGCACAAGGUUAAGGAGGGGCAUCCCUUUCUUCAAGUGCAGCCAACUGUCAUCUUCUAUAUCCCCGCCUAUCCAGAUAAUGGCGGAUAGUAUGUCGAUCUUCUUAUUCCCCAAUGUCUGUGAUGCUCGUUUGGGGUGGGUCGUAGGACCUGGCAAAGUGCAAAUCUUCAGCUAAAAUUGGGCCAGUAUUGAAGAAGAGGCACGUGUUUGAGUGUAAUGAUAUAAAAUGUUCUAUAUUCAGAAUAUUGCUUGUAUGAUAUGAAAUGCAGGUAUGGAUCUCACAAUAGGUAGACAGUCCUGGGGGAUAGCAGGUCCAUCCACCACUGUUACCCAACGUUCAUGUGCUGCGUGUCUAUGCCAGGUUGUAGACUGCUCGAGAAUAUGACUUUGCUCUGUAUAUAGGAAAUGUACUUUAUAAGUAUUCUUCUGUAUACCUUCCGUGAAGGCAUUCUUGAUGACAUAUAGGAAACCUAUUUAUUUUUGUACAUUUGAUUGUAUUUUAAGUUAUCGCUAUUUUUUUUUUU